AUGCGCAGCAGCCGCCUCCUCUCGCCUCUGACUGGCAUUCUCGCCGCGGGUUUCGCCUUAGCCGUCGCCCAAACCCCUCAACCGCCACCCACUUUCGACGCCAUAUUCAUGGGACAGAUUGUCAGCGGUCCUUCCCAGGACGCUCUGAACACCACGGGGCCUUUUGGCAUCCGACAACACGCGCCCGAUACAGGCGGAAACCUCACAGAUGCCAAGACGGGCGAGGUUGUCGCGACGCUCCUGCCUACCGCCGACACCGGCAUCCUGAGCAAUUCUGGGAUAUUCUUUCCCUCGGCUGUCCUGCCAUACGUCUGGAAGGCGGAUGGCAAGCUCGCCUCCAUAACUGUCAAUGGUAUAGGAAACAUCAAUACCGGCUCCUUCAUCUACGCGUGCGUCCUCGAAACCGUAGUUUGA